UUUUGUUUGAGAUAUUUAUAAAUUAAAUUUUAUAAAAAUUGCAAAUGAAUCUAAUUCGAAUAUCAACAAAACAUCUUUUGCCUAGAAAUAAUAUUUAUGGUUUUUUUUGUAGAAGAUAUGCCAAGGAAGCUUUAGCAGAUAAACUCCGAUUAACAUUUUCAGUUCCUUAUAAUAUUCUUUAUAAAGCUCAAGAUGUGCUUCAAGUAAAUAUACCAGCAACAUCAGGAAGUAUGGGUAUUCUUGCGUUACAUGUUCCUACGAUUGAACAGCUUCAUCCUGGUGUUGUUGAGGUUAUUGAAGAAAAUGGUGUAUCUAACAAGUUUUUUGUUUCUGGAGGGUUUGCUACUAUGCAACCUGGUUCUGAUUUAUGUAUUAAUGCUAUCGAGGCAUAUCCAUUAGAUGAUUUUAAUUUGGAAGCUGUAAAUGAAAAUCUCCAAAAAGCUCAGAAAGUUAUCUCUGGAAAUGGAAGUGAGGAAGAAAUUGCUGAGGCAAAAAUUCAAAUUGAAGUAUUGGAAAAUUUACAAACAAGUUUGAAAUAAAUUAAAUACAGUAUAUGUAGAUAUUUUCUUAUAUUAAUGUUAUCAAAACUGAUAACUAGAAAUAAAU